GGCGAGAAUCAGUGAGAUUUUCACGCUUGGCUUUUGUUCGCUUUUUCGGCGUGAAAUGAGCUUCCAGUUGAAGAGGAAACUCCUGGCCAGCAUCGAGGGAUGCCGGCCGUCGCUGCACAAUGGCCAGCUGAUGGUAUCCACGGGCAAUUUCUCCCUGGAUCACAUUAUUGGUGGCGGACUGCCACUGGGAUCGAUUCUCCUGAUCGAGGAGGACAAGUACAACAGCUACGCGAAGGUGCUGUGUCGGUAUUUCCUCGCCGAGGGCGUUUACCGGCGACAUCCACUCUUCCUGGCCACCAAAGAAGAACCCGCUCACGACUUUGUCCGGAAACUGCCGCAGGCUGUCGAGGAGGAGAUCCAGAAGGUGAUCGAUAAGAGGCCUGCCGAGGAGGAGAUGCGCAUCGCGUGGCGCUACAAUGAUUUGCCGAGAGUGAGUCUCGAGCAGGGCUCCAGGCGUGAUUAUCACUUCGAUCUGUCCAAGAGCGUGACGCCGGAAGCUGUGAAGGCGUGCAGUGUGACUUGCUGGGGUGACGAGGGGUGUUUUGCUGAGCUAGAGAAGAGCAUUGGUGAGAAAUUGUCUGAGCAGCAUGAGAAAUGCCUGAGAAUCUGCCUGAAAUCACUGGGCUCGCCUCUCUGGUGGACAAGAGAUGACUUCCCUGGGAAGCUGGUGAGAUUCCUCACACUGCUCAAGAGUCGAAUGAGAUCCUCCACGUCCGUCUGCAUGAUCUCCAUGCCAACGCACCUCUUCGCCUGCCUGGACAAGAGUCUUCUGGCCAGAGUGCGCGAUCUGGUGGACUUCUGUGUGGAGAUUGAGUCAUUCAGCGGCGCUGACGCCGAGACAAAUGUGAUGUAUCGCGAAUAUCAUGGUCUUGUGCACAUCCACAAGCUCUCGGCGCUCAACACUUUGGCUCCAUUCCGUCCGGAAACGUAUGAUUUGGCAUUCAAGCAGCGUCGGAAGCGAUUUGUGGUGGAGAAGCUCCAUUUGCCACCAGACAUUUCCGAGCUGAGCGACACUCUGAUUCCGCGUCCGAGCUUCGCGUGCACCUCCGGAGCUUCGGGGGCGCGCGGAUUGGACUUCUGACGCGGCGUGGGUGUACUUUGACGAUGCGAACGGUGGAAUGUUGAACGGUGAUGCGAUUCUCCCACUCGCUGGCAAUACCUGUGAUUCAUCCGUGGCGUGCGCCGGGCGCCGAAAAAAAGAGCCUCACUCUCGCCGAGUUGUGCUCAAUCUCGAGUCCGCCAC